CAACAAUCCGGUUUGCCUGCAGUUCUGGGGAUAGACAUGUUUGUACGGCCAUCGGCUUCUCGUACGACCUUUCAUUCAAAAUCUACAUGGAUGAUGCCUGUGGUUUGUUUCUGUUCUCGUGUCAUCCACUGCCAAUAUACAUUUUAUUGACAGUUCUAUGCUCAAUCAAAGACGCCUUCAUUAUCAACAUUGAGGAUAAUCAGACCAGAGCUCAUGUGGACUGCAAUCGCGCGAACACAUACUGUGUAGGGAUAGAGCCGCUGUGCAUUCCAGACGAACGCGAACAAUCUCCCGCAGUUCACCAUUCCUCCAGACAGAAUGCUGAUCUGUCAACUGCCAUUUACGGUACUCUCGCAGAUCAAUAUCAUAACUUCUAAUGGCAGCGGUCAGAAUCGCAUAAUUGCAAACAGAACCCAAUAAGAUCGGCGAACCAAAACCGCACCGUUUCAAGACCCAUCUAAUAUAAUAGUAUUGUACAAUUA